AUGAGCGAAGAAGAAGUACCUGCCGAAGCCCCCGCUGUUGUCGAGGAAGUCGAGAUGAGUGUCUUGGACGCUCUCAAGGAGGUCCUUGAAAAGGCCAUGAUCCACGGAGGACUCAAGAAGGGACUUCACGAAUGCGCCAAGGCUUUGGAUCGCCGUACCGCCCGUUUGUGCUGUCUUGCCAAGGACUGCGAGAACGCCGAAUACAAGAAGCUCAUCAAGGGACUUUGCGCCGAAGGUGAGGUUCACGUCGUCAUGGUUGAGGCCGGAAAGGACCUUGGUGCCUGGUGCGGACUUGCCAAGCUUGAUGAUGAUGGUUCUGUGAAGAAGGCCGUCCGAACUUCUUGCGCUGUCAUUACCGACUUUGGGGAAGAAACUCGUGCUCUAAGCAUCCUUUUGGAUUACCUCCAAAAGCAAGCAGACGCCGCUGAGAUUUAA